AUGGUUCGUCAGUGUGUCCUUCGAUGUUUACUAGAUUCGCAUGCGCCCAUUUCACUGCCACAUAAAGUGGAGACAGUAGUCGGUCGUAGUAAAAUCACUAAAAUAAAAGAUCAGGCGUGCUCCCGCAACCAACUAAGUCUAACUGCCGAUUGUGAACUGUGUUUAGUGGAAAUUAAGCAAUUAGGCAUAAAUCCAUCUGGUUUAGAUGGUUUUGCUUUAAAGAAAGACAGUGCCUAUAACAUAAAACAUGGGAGCAAAGUUGAAAUAUUAUUAAAUCAGUACUUUCAUGUAGUCGAGUUUGACCCUCCACCUGAUGAUUCUGAAGAACGGAGAACCAGUUUAAAAAGAAAAUUAAAUGACUCUCAGGAUAGUGAUUCUAAGAAGAAGCUUCCUAAAACUGAAUUAGUCAACAUGAGUGUUCAAGAGUGCUCUGAAAACAAAUGGGAGGAUAUUGAAAACGGUGAGGUAUACAUUUACACAGCGAAAGGUGUAAGAUCUAGUCCGAAAAUAGCAGCAUUCGAUAUGGACGGUACUUUAAUAAAGACAAAGUCGGGGAAAGUACACCCUGUUGAUACUAAUGAUUGGCAGAUACUAUUCCCUUGUGUUUCACAAAAAGUUGCAGAAAAACACAGUGAUGGUUUUAAAAUAGUUCUUUUGAGCAAUCAGUCCCCCAUCGGUAGUGGGCGAGUUAAAAUUGAAGAAUUCAAGAAGAAGAUAGAGGGGGUCGUAGCAAAGUUGAACAUUCCUGCCCAAGUAUAUAUUGCGACUGGUAAAGGGUUUUACAGAAAACCAUCGACCGGUAUGUGGAAUGUUUUAGCUGAGCUGAAAAAUGACGAUCUGCCUAUAGACAUGGAUAAAAGCUUUUAUGUUGGUGAUGCAGCUGGCCGAGCAGCAAAUUGGGCUCCAGGAAAAAAGAAGGAUCACUCCAUGGCAGAUAUUCUGCUCACUAAAAACUUAGGCCUGACAUUCUAUACCCCGGAACAGUUCUUCUUGGGCCACUCAAUAACAAAUGUACCUAUGACACUGCCCGAGUUUAAUCCAAGAGAUGUUAAGUCUACUCCUUUUAAUGAGAGGCUGCUAAGUUCAGAGCAGGAGUUACUCGUGCUAGUGGGCUACCCAGGCAGCGGUAAGUCCUUCAUUGCCAAACAAAUAGAAGAGAAGUCGCGGCACAAGUACGUCACCGUCUGUCGAGACAUCCUCGGCUCCUGGCAAAAAUGUUCCGCUGAGGCGAUUAAGCUUCUACAGCAAGGGAAGAGUGUUAUCGUGGACAGCACUAACCCGGAUCUGGAAUCUCGCGGUCGCUGGACUUCCCUGGCCAAAGAGAAGGGCUUGCAGUGCAGAUGCGCCAAGAUGGCGACGAGCAAGGCGCACGCGCAGCACAACAACAAAUUCAGGGAGAUCAUGAAGAUCAAGCAUGGCAUCGUAAACGACAUAGUAUUUAACACCUACAAGUCGAAGUUCGUGGAACCAACCGUAAAAGAGGGCUUCAAAGAGGUCCUGGAGGUGAAAUUCAAUCCCGACUUUGAAGAUGAACAAGCCGAGAAAUUGUAUAAAAUGUAUUUGUUAGAGAAGUGA